AUGCGGGUUAACAUUAUCUCUUUGGUGGCUCUGGCUACUACAGUUGCAGGCCUCACUGUCACCUCCCCACGGAUUGGUGAAAAGAUUGACCCGGAUCUGCCCCUUACUAUCAAGUGGCAAGCUGUCACAACGGACCCGACGACCUUCAGCAUCGAACUGGUCAAUCAGAAUGUCUACCCUCCGACAACAACCAUCGUGGCAGACGAUAUAGACUCUUCCAAGGGCUCCUAUACCGUCAAGGCAAAGACAUUCACGGAUGUAGACAAUGGAAAGGGAUAUCAAAUCAAUUUCCUCUCUCCGGAGAAUGGGAUUCUGGCCCAGUCUCAGCAAUUCCGAGUCACUGAACCGGGUGAAAUUGCUAGUAGUGCUAGUGCUAGUAGCUCUGGUAAGGAAACCAGUACUGCACUUGAUACUUCGUCCUUGAUUUCUUCCACCGCGUCGACAAGUGAUAUCACUUCGGCUCUAUCUUCCUCGACUACUUCCUCUUACCUGUCUUCGACUGCUACUCACUCCUCCAUCAGUGCGUCUGCCCCUACCUCUUUCUAUAUCCACCCUUACAACUUCCUCCUUAAUCUCUUCUACAUCUACACCUUCAACUUCUUCUUUCAUUACAACUUCAUCCUCGAUUAUAUCCUCCUCUGCUACCCCGACUACUUCUACUUCCAUUACCAAGUCUUCCACACAUCUCCCCACCUCAACCUUCCUCACGUCAAGCACUCUUUCUUCUACCACAUCCCAUUCUACACACACCUCCACUUCUACCCCUGUCUGUCCACCGCAACCCAUUCGAGCACUACUUCCACCACCACUCACAAAACCACUUCGACUACAACCUCCACUGCUACUGAGUCGGCUAGUACCACCUCUAACGCUGCUGCCGUCCUCAUGCCCCCCGCUGGUGGUCUGCUUCUAGGUCUGUUUGCUUUGGUCCUUUAA